AUGGUCCUGUUCUGGUUGUGUUUGUGUCCUAGGCCGGGUGAGUGGGACUUCCGUUGAACUGAUACCAGAUCAGUAUUAUCCCCAGAAUUCCAUAUAUUCCUACAGAACGGACACCAUGUUCAAUUCAUCCAUUAUGGCCAGAAAGUUCCUCCUGACCUACCCUGCUGUCAUCGCUCAUAAUUUACAGCCUCUCCUGUCCAUCCUUUCUCUAAUCCACAUGGUAGAAAUAGCCCAGCUCAUACAUACUCACUGCCUUACUCUGCCUUUCUCUUCACUGUGGGGUUUUGAGGAGGAAUAGGGUCCAUUACAGUGUUGUCAUAUGAUUAGAUGAAACACUGUCUUUAUAUGAUCUUUUAAUGAGUACUUAAUAAAGAUGAGCCAGGGCUUGGGGAGGAUGGCCCAUGUCAGAAGAAUAAGAUCCUCUUACUGUGGGCCUCUAAAGGGAGUUAUUUUGGAAGAAGUCGGUGUGUAUGAUUUGAGGCAAUGAUUUCUGUGUUAGCCCACCAAUUGGGCUUGAGUCUGCCUUUUUGGCAUCAGGUUCCCUCCCCUCCCCUCCCCUCUCUCUACCCAGACUCUGCCCUCUUCACAAGGGUCUGAGCCAAAGACCUGUCAAUCCCAACCACUAUAAACAUAAGGGAAACCUAAAGAAGAAGAGAGGAUCAGUUUUCAAAAGCAAGGACACUUCAUCUUUGUAUGAUCUUUCUCAUGAGAGCGUGUGUAGCUCAGGCUUUCGUAACUGUAUCCUCACUGAUGUCCCUGCUGGCACUGACCACUUGUGGAACAGCAUUUAGCACUGAAUGUGUUGCUUGAAACAUUUCUUAAAGCAGAAAGUUCUGUCAAUUCCUGUGUGCGGCGUAUUAACUGGGUCAUUCCUACUGUGCGGUGCCUUUUCUGUUCCCAGGAAAUGUUGCUUCUUAUUUAGUGCCAAAUGUUGAUUCCAAAAGGCUUUAAAUAUAAGGUCAGGUGUCCUUUACCUUAAAAACAAAUUAAAUAUGGAUCUUGAAAGGGAAUUUUAUGCAUUUUGAACACUUUUCUUUUUUAGUGGAUGUAGGUGUUUUGCCAUGUCCCUGGGUGUUAUUCAUCAACUUCCACAAGAAAUAUAAGCCAUAAAGUAAUACAAUAUUUAAAAUCUUUCUUCAUUGUUUUAUAGUCCUAGUUAAAUUCUCUCUCAUCAGUAACGUAUUUUCUUCUCAUGAUUAUUGUGUUUAUUAUUAUUUUAUUUAAGAUUUUCUGUGAGUGCCUAAUUUCCACCCUGUUAGUUUGUUGUAAUUCUCCAUGUAAGAAAUCAACCCCUUCCUACAAUGACACCACAUUCAGGAAGUGUCAUAAUUUAUUUGGUGGAAAAACAAUGGUGCAAAGUUAAAUAAAUAUAAACACUCAGUUGUAUCUAUUUUUCCAUGUUUCAUGUUGAUAUUCACUCAUACAUUUCUGCCUUGUUAGGAUAAAUUACAGAGAAAAUUAACAACAUUUCAAAAUGUUAAAAUAUGUUUGAUAGAGAAGUUAAAAUCCUGUUCAAGCGUUCACCAUUAUGUUAGCUCAAUCUUGUUCACUCACAGAGCUAUGGCUAAUUUAGGCUCCAAAUGUCCACCCUGUUAGGUACCACCCUCUGGCGUAACACAGUUUCUCUGGUCCCCCGCAAGGUUGGAAUUCGCUGUCCAUGGUGCUGAAAUUGCGGCAUGUCUAUGCGGCUACAUGCCUAUCGAAUCGAUGAUAGGCUUUGUGUUGCAAGUGCUUAGCUUUGCUUUAGCUAAUUGAUAAAUGUUUAUUGGUAGGCCUAUUUGGUUGUCAUUUUCUCAGUAAUAAAUGUUCAAUGCAACAGCAUACUAAUCAUCUACCAUUUAAAAAAUAUAUAUACACCUGUCCUUUAUAGGCUACCUGAACCUGCAUGACAUGAGCCAUCCUCACACUCUCUCCCAGCUUGGAUAGAAAGUUGUGUGUAAAACCAGUCCGCCCUCAAAACUCUAGCUUACUAGGGAUUGUUUCAAUUUGCAGUGUACUAUCUAUAGCUAUAUACCAUAUUUAGCUGCUAUUUACAAACGUUUUAUAAAAAUGACACAUGAAAUAAAAAAAGUAGUAGACAGUCUUUCCUGAGACAUUGUACAUUAUACUGUAUGUCCAUUGCGCUGCACACAAUUUAAACUUAGUAUUGAAUGAUGCAUGUCAAGAUAUACCAGAGAUAAGGGACUGUUGAUAUUGCAACCACACAAAUCAAAUGCCGGUUCACCAGUAUGAACAAAAUGGCAAACAGCUUUUUUUGUUCAUGCCCUCAAAAACUGUUGUCUGCUAAAGAUGAUGAUCUGUUUGCAUCUGCCAAUUUAUUGGCUGCCGGCAACUAAGGAGAAUGAGAGGCUCAAUUAAAGCUGUUACAGAACUGCUGUAUUUGAAACACAACUCCCUUCUGCCCAGUUUUCCUGAUGUUGCUACGGCAAUCAAGCUGUUUUUACCAUCCCUGUAACUGUCGCUUCUGCGGACCGAUCGUUUUCUAAACUAAAACUCAUAAAGAACUAGCUAAGAAGCAUUAAGCGCUCGGUCUGAAAUGAGCUUUUGAACACCUGAGGAAGCUCCACUCAUUGCACUGGCGCCAUCGUAGCCUUGACCACGGCAUUUGUUCACUGAUAUCUGAUAUCCCCUUAUACUUUUAAUUCGUUUAUUUUUAUUUUUUCACUUUUUCAGUCACAUUCCUGAAGCACAAGAAACAGACACUUAGCUUCCUAGAACACAUGGAAAUUAAAAAGGUUUAUGAAUAACUUUUUGGAGGGUUACUGUCAAUGAUUUAUAUAUUAAAAAUUGACAUCAAUGACAGGCGCAUGGGCCCCCUGCCUUGCGGGGGCUGAGGGGGUGUCCAGUACGCCAGUGGUUCCACCCUGUUAGAAUUAUGUACCUAACAGGGUGGAAAAUGCACCUAAAAUAAAGUGCUUGACCAAUAUGUUUUUCUGAAAAGUUAAACGUCUUUUUUUCUGAUAGAAGGAACCGCAUUACAGGUUGAUACAAGCAUAUAACAUUUGAAUCAGGUCAAAGGAAUGUAUCACAGCAAUGGAAAACAAUAUUGAGGAAUAAUUUUCCUUCAUUGUUGAUUUCCCCUACCUAACAACUAUCUUUAAUUUAAGCAGAUUAUUCAUUUAAUGAACUAUCUGCUACCGUUAUUGGAUGACUGUCAUUCAUAUUCCAUUCACCCAGCUCAAUGUAACAUAGAUAGGUUUAGGCUUCAAUAUGACACUAAAAUGUUUCCUAUACCCAUCAUGAGGUUUCUACAACCUGACCUAACGUAGGUGCACAGGUCGAGAGAAAUUUGAGUAAUCAAGGUGACAGACAUUGACACAUUCAAUACCGCCUUGCACAAUCUUGCCUGCAUCUAGCUGAUCUAGGGUGUAAUCAUUAGUCAACAGUUGCAAACGAGAGUUUCUAUUGGACAAAUUCCGGUGUGUUUAUUCCUGUUUCGUUCCGUUUGCUUCCGUUUAAGAAACAUUUUUCAACAGAAUCGGCGGAAUGAAUACACCCCUGAUCACACGAAAACACAGUUCACUUUCAUAGCAGCCACAUACAAACAGCAUGAUACCUUUGAUCGUUAGAUAAUUCCUUCUCGCAUCUACACGCUCUCAUCCUCUCCUCUUUUCCCUUUGCUUGUGGACUUCAGUGCACAACACAUCAGCUGUAUGUAACCAGGCGAAAAGCCUUUCCAAGCCAAACCUUAUUAUAACCGCUAACCGCUACACACAGCCUACAUCAUUGUCACCAUAUUAGCUAACGUCAAGUCAGCAUAGCUACUAGAACUAAUGCGUUAGUAUACCCGCUACAAUCAUGCAGUAAAGUGUUAACAAGCAGUUUAGCAGUUACACCGGCAGGUCCCAGUGGCAAUAAAUUAAUAAAACCAAAAGCGUACCUUGACUUGGAAGAGUGCCAGUGUUGGAUAGCCAUAGCCAGCUAGGUAGGAAUACCUGGGAUAGGAUAAAGUAAUCCUUCUACCCCCCCUUACCCCACCCCCCCCCCCCCAAAAUAAUAAUAAUAAUAAUAAUAAUAAUAAUAAUAAUAAUAUUGUAAAGUGGUUGUCCCACUGGCUAUCAUAAGGUGAAUGCACCAAUUUGUAAGUCGCUCUGGAUAAGAGCGUCUGCUAAAUGACGAAAAUGUAAAUGUAAAUGUAGGUAACAUAGCAUCCCUCUCUGUUUGAGCCAGGUGUCUGAGUAGGCUAAACUAGCUAGCUGCAUUCGCUAGCUAAGUAAGUGAAAGUAAAAAAAAAAAAAUGAAAUGUAGCUAGCUCUCGCUCUCUCUCUCAUUCUCUCUUGCUUGUCCUUCAUUUUUGAAGAAAUUAAAUUUGUUCAAAACUAUUCAAUUAUUGUCUUUCUCUCUCUUUGAGUCAACUACUCACCACAUUUUAUGCACUGCAGUGCUAGCUAGCUGUAGCUUAUGCUUUCAGUACUAGAUUCAUUCUCUGAUCCUUUGAUUGGGAGGACAACAUGUCAAUUCAUGCUGCAAGAGCUCUGAUAGGUUGGAGGACAUCCUAUGGAAGUUGUCAUAAUUACUGUGUAAGUCUAUGGAAGGGGGUGAGAGCCACAAGCCUCCUAGGUUUUGUAUUGAAGUCAAUGUACCCAGAGGAGGACGGAAACUAGCUGUCCUCCGGCUACACCAUGGUGCUACCCUACAGAGUGCUGUUGAGGCUACUGUAGACCUUCAUUGCAAAACAGUGUGUUUUAAGCAAUUAUUUGGUGACGUGAAUAUAUUAAGUAUAAUUUUAUCUAAAAAGGGUAACUUUUUAAGUGUUUCACUAUUUUUAUGAAAUUCACUGAGUAGGAUGGUCCUCCUCUGAGGAGCCUCCACUGGUCCCUAUCCCAUUGAAGUUUACAUUUAAAAUGGUUGAUAUAAGGCUAGGGUUAGGAAGGGUUAUGGUUAUGGUUAAGGUCAGGGUUAUCGUUAUGGUAGGGACGUCCCAAGAAUCCCAGAUAGCACUGACCCAUUCGCUACGCCACUCUUUCCCCAUGACGCCAAUCACACUAUGCAAUAUUUCCCAAACACAAACAUCCCUAUGCCAAUGACACUAUGCAUGUGAAACAUUUUAAAUAAUACUGCAUGUGAGACAUUUGAAACGCCAUUAUGCAUGUGAGACAUUUAGCCCCUGUAAGUGUGAAUAGAUCAUUUACAUCAUUCUGGCCAAGAAGGCGGCAUUGUAAGCAGUCAAAUACCGAAUGUGUUUCUUAUGAAUCCUCAGUGUGUGCUGUUUCUUAAAUAUUUGUUACCACUGGAUGUGUGUGACAUAUAAUUCAUACUGUAAGUGUUACAAAAUGGUUAACAACACAGAAGCUUUUACCAUAGGUUAAAAGUGAGAGGGUAGUUGUAUUGUCUUUCAUGUUCUUAUUGUGUCAUUCAUGUUGACUUCUAUAGUUACUAACCUACAGCCUAAAAGUUUUUCAUCUGACGUAACACUAACAACAAAGAUAGAUGAUGACACUCGUGUAUUGUUUUGUUUCCCAUUUGCCAGUCCAAAUGUCCACUUCCUGCCCCCCCCCCCACACACACCCCUCCACCAAAACAUAAUACACACACCCACCCACUCCUCUCUCUAGCACCUGUGUGUUUCCCUAAAUAAAAAUGGGCGGACUGUGGAGUGAGGGGCUCUGUUUUAUCCCUGAGUCUUGUCACGCCCUUUUUAUAGGAAACUCAUCUCAACGUCCAGCAACAAAUGGAAUACAGGGAUUUAUCCGUGGAGAUAGAGUUUCAGCCUACAGCUGAACGCCCCUCUCUCACAGCUCCACUGGGUUUCCUUGUUAAGUAAAGCCACAGGAAGACUGUGUCGAUGCUGCUGCUGGUGGUCUCCUUGGCAUGGCUUGAUGGCUGUGUGUGUGGUUAAGGUGGGCUUGGCUCUAGUCUGAUCUUCCUUUCUGUUUACCUCUGUGUGCCUCCAGAGCGAGUACAGCCCAGCAUGGCAGCCCCUGGCAGCUCCAGCGGACUAGAGGUUCUCCUGUCUACGCUGCAGGUAGGAACGCCCAGGGUCUGGGACUGGGACUGUAUGUGUGGCUGUGCCUGUGCUGUGUGACUGUGUCUCUGUUUAUUAGGGUUCCCUGAUAAGGCAGACUAAAAUGGAAUACUCCAAAUAAAAGUGGGCAGCGGUGCUGCUGACGGACGGGACUGGGACGCUAGGCUAGCAACAGGCACUUCCUACGUAGAGCUGAAAGAGGAAGAUAAAAGGUGAUAAGUAUUCUCUCAACACCCAGCAUCUGGAAACAUGUUUACAACUUUCACUUGCUGAACAGUUACUGUUCGACAGAUAAGCACAGGGCAUAGAUCACUCUAGUAUUACUUGGACAGCUAGUGUAAUUGCUAUAAUUCCUUUUGGAAACAGAAGUGUAUUCUUUCUGUCCCUGACACUAAAACUGAAACUAAAUAAUAUAAAAACGAAAUUGAAAUGUUUUUAUAAAAAUUUACUCGUUUUUAUUUAGUUAAAGUGGAUCUGAAAACUAACUGAAACUAAACUGAAUUUCAAAGAAAAAUCUUAAAACUAAUAGAAAUAAAAACGAAUAUAAAACACCAAACUAUAAUAACCUUGCACCCAAUGCCUUCCUUAUGGUUCUUUGGUUUUUCCAGUUUCUGUGUGGUCCGUUUGUCUGCACCAAGUUUAGUAUAGUUUUGUGUUUUUAUAUUCAUUUUUAUUUAGAUUAGUUUUAAGAUCUUUAUUUGAAGUUUAGUUUCAGUUAGUUUUCAGAUCCACUUUACUAGUUUUUAUUUAGUUGAAGUUUUAUGAAAACAUUUCUAUUUAGUUUUUAUAUUAUUUAGUUUCAGUUUUAGUGUUAGGGACACAAAGUAGCCUAUGUGUGGGAGGCUAGGAGACAUUAAUGUGUUGUAUAAUUGUUGUGUUUUUGAGGAUGUCACUUCUUGCCACUGAGGGGCAGUAAUGCAUAAGCGGAUGGGUCAGGUCAUAAGUAAGGUUAGGUUAAAAGGUAGACUCAGCGAGAUGACAGUAGUAGUGGGUCAAGUAAACAGUAGUAGUGGGUCAAGAUCUUUUCUCCCCACAGAAUGCAGGGGACAUUGAGAGCGCCCUCAAUAUCCUCAACGUGCUGGAUGAGCUGCUUUCAGCUGGUGAGUCUUCGUUGUUGAUUCCGAUUCAUAGUACAGAUUCAUAGUCAUUCCAUGCAGAUAUAUAAUGCUACAGUCCUCUACUCUCCUUUGAGAUCUACAGUCAAUUACCCUUCUUUGGUUUAGUUGCCUUUAGUCAGUGUGUGUGUGUGUGUGUGUGUGUGUGUGUGUGUGUGUGUGUGUGUGUGUGUGUGUGUGUGUGUGUGUGUGUGUGUGUUCCAGGCACAGACAGACGGAUCACCUACAUGAUCUUGAAGGGUGGCAGCGAGGCCCUCCUGAGCUCCCUGAUGACCACAGUCAGGACUUUCUCCCCCAACUUCACUAUCCUCCUCCCCGUGCUGUACCUCCUGGCCAAGGUCGGACACAGAGGUGAGGCUCCGACUGAAUGAUCGGAAUGAAAAUAUAGUUUACAAGAACGUGAAAUGUUACAAAAAUAGAGGUAUCGUAAGUGGGGUAAUUAUUUAGCUGUUGUUAUAUAAGUACAGUAAAUGGCUAUUUGUCUCAAUUAUAUGUUGUAGUGAGAGGUUGUCAAAUGGUUCGUAGAUCCUAACCUUUCAAAACUGUGGGUAGCUUGAUUUUCUUAGCUUCCAUCUUAGAAUGUCAACACGACAAAUAAUGGAGACCUCAUGGUGUUCUCCUCAUUGGCAGAGGUAUCAGCUUUAAAUAGAAAGGCCAGGCCAACAGGUCCAUCUGACUAACAAACCAUGUUAUCCAUUAUGUGACAAAGCUUCCCUGACAUGGAUGCAUACCCUCAUAUCUUCAUUAGUGACAUGUGGCCACUAGUAGGAAUAUACAUUUUGCAUUACAUUUUAGUUAUUUAGCAGACGCUCUUAUCCAGAGCGACUUACAGCGAGUUAGUGCAUUCAUCUUAAGAUAGCUAGGUGAGACAACCACAUAUCUCAGUCAUAGUAUGAUAAUGUUUCCUCAAUAAAGUAUAGCUAUCAGCAAAGUCAGUGCUAGUAGGAAAAAGUCAAGUGUGAGUGUAAGUGUUAGUUUACAAAAGGCAUUUUUUGUUGUUGUUGGGGAGUGAGGGGGGGAUGCUGUGGGAUAAGCUUUCUCCAUUCAUAUUCAUUGAAAUGUUUAUUCUAACCCACACUAUUAAGCAUUUAUGGUAACUGGUAUCAGCAGCAUAAGCUGGUCUCUAAAAUAUAAUUUUGGUCUCAAGCUAUUUCGACAAGAAUGAGAAGCAACGGUCAAAUUUCAGCGCUGGGUUGUUGUGACCUAAGUGAUCUUUCCACCUAAUUCAUCAGCAAAAUUAGACAUCCGGGUCAAAGGUCCCCAGCUGGCUUUUGGGAAAUACAUUUGUGUUUCCACUUGAGAGCAAGGUCACAUAGAAGCAACAGUCGAUUUGAUAUGGUGCUGUGCGAUAAAAUUGAUUUAUGAGCUUGCAUUACUAUUUGCAUUAGAUCCCAAAUCACUUUAUUUUAUUGCUUUCAUUAUGUUAUUGCUAAACAGCACAUAUUGUAUUUAUUGGUCUCAUCUGCAUUACAAUGAAAGGAAAGCUUUGCUCCUUACUUCAAGGCCUGAUGAGCCUGUUCUGUCUGCUCUCCAAAACAUACAGUACAGUCAUCUAAUGAAUGCCUUUGACGGGACACUUUAUAUUUAAUGGGUGUCCUCCGAUCAUAAAUUCCAGCUCUGAAUAUUUAUGCACAAGGCAUUAUCCAAUAAAGCCAUUGAAGCUUUUUCCACACUAAUUGCUGUGAUAUUUGUUCAAAAACUAGGAUUGCUGUGCCUGGUUAAGCAAUCUAUUCCACUCCUCGGACCGACAGGCAAUUCACAUGUGUAAAAGCACCAAGAAAUCAUUCAAGCAAAUUGACAAUUUAUGAGCAUUGGCAUUGCAUAUCAUUCAGUGCAAAAUUUGCCCUCAUGCUACCAAGCAGCAUUUAUUAAUGUGUUCAUUUCAUUAUGGUAAUUCUCACUGAGAAGUGUUUUCUUGUUAUUUUAAGUGGCGGAUGAAAUAUUCAAAACACAUACACAAACUGUUUUAAUUCCACUGAUCAAAUAUUUAUCUUAAUUUGCUUGAUCUCUUUUUCUACCUCAUAGAAUUUUCUCUGAAAAAUAACUAUGUGAACAUUUGCACCGGUGCAAACAGUGUCAGUGGUGUUUUGUGUGUCUCGAUCAGUCCGUCGUAUUGGGAUGAAGCCAGAGAAGGCGGAGGCUGUGCUGCUGACACUCACUCUGCUGAAACAGAAUAUAAAACAUACCAGGAGGACGGCAGCCUGCCUUUGGGUACUCCAGGUCUUCUGCUCCUCUGGUAGGUAAACGGCCAAACUCCUUAAAGCUUCAAUCACACUUUACUGCUUUGUCCAUCUGAUUUACUCUCAAUGUCAACAGUAUCCAGAAGUAAUACAAAUAUUUCUAUGGAACUCUGUGAGUUCAGGGAAUAUGGAGGAGGUCUACAUUCUGACGAGGCACGAAACAUUUGGCUUGAGUAUUGACAUGUGCUGGUGCCCUUAAUUUAGGAUAGUAAUGAGGAUUUAUUAAAAACAUACUCUAUCUAAAUGUUGACCAGUGAAAUGGUAAAAUAACAUGUCUGAGGUCACAUGGUCAGAGCUGAAGCAGCUUUAAGUCUGAUCAUUUUUACAAUGACUAUAAACUGUCAAUGAAAAGUAUCGUCUGUACGCAUACUGUACCUAGUUUAUGUGGUUGAAGUUUGAAUUUUGGUUGAAGUCUAUUGAAAUUCCCAUGAGGCCAGUAGAUUUCCACUGUGGACUUGUAAGAGAUCGGACAGGGAGAAACAUCAUCAACUAGCACUAGCCAGUAAAAAUGUAAUACUCAAAGGGCAUUAAUAUCGACGUGAGACUUUGUUUACUUUUGUAUCUUUCAGUCACCACUGCUACGCUGCUAGGAUAAAACCGAGGCCUGGACGUUAUAUUCAGACUGAUACCCCCUCAUACUACGAGGCACAUACGCACAGUGAAGUGAGUAUCGUAUAUCAUGUCUAUCUGUCAUUGGCUGUGCCAGAGGCAUGCCACAGCUACAGCCAGAGCUCAACAGUGUACUCACCGCUGCAUGCUCCAAGUGCUACACAUAA